UACUUCUUGAGCACAAGAGAAAACAGAUUUGGAAUACAAGUGUUUAUCCCAUCCCCACUUAAAAACAAUUGGUAUUGUUCAUACAAGAGCUUUCCCAGAAUCUGUUAGACAAGUUACUUGGUUAUAAUAGUGGUGAGGCAGCCUCUGCAGCUCGUAUUGCUGAGGCGGAAAGUUUGUAUAGAGGAGUGAAUAGCGGCCCAGGGUUUCUGUAUUGUGAUUGUUUUCCAACUGCAAACGUGUAUGGUGAGGAUUAAUUGACAGGCUAGCUCAUAAAGCCCCAAAUGGAAAAAGCAUAGAGAAAAUGCUCUGAUACUUCCUUGCAAGAUUGGAAUUUAUGAAAAUCAUUUGAUUUGGAAAAGAAAUGCAGUAAGGUACUCUAUUCUCCAAAAUGAGGUGAUGGCUUAGCUCAAGUGAGGAUGUGAUAACUUCUUGCACCUGAGCAAGAAGGUUCAGAAUAAUUGCUUAUGGGAGAUGAGUAAGUAAAUAGUUCUAAGAUUCUUGAGAGCAGAGAUGAUAUUUUGUUCUUCAUAUAUAUAUGCUCCUAGCACUGACCCUGUUACAUAUAGUCAGGGUUACCCUCCUUAAGAAGAGUUCAGUGGCUUUCCAUAGCCUCCAGAUAAAUUCCUGAGCAUGGCAUGCAUUGCCAUCCACAGUCUGGUCCCCAACUUUUUGGGCUAUCGACCACAUCCUUCUAAUGUUUGAGACUACUCGUAGCUCCCCAGACUUGCAUUAUACUUAUACUUUCAUGAUUUUGCUCAUGCCAUUCCUUCAACUUGACAUGCCAUCUCCCACCCUCUGUGUUUCUGCCUACCAAAUAUUACUCAUGCUCAGAGACCGGGCAAUUUCUUCCUGUAGCUUUCACUGAUUACCACCGCCCCCUCCCCCAUUCAGAUUUAAUUCUCCCCAUUGCAUCUCUAUUGGAGUUGGCACCCUGACCUGCUUUGUCAUUCCUUUUACAUGAACAAGUGUUUUCAUCCUGCUCUCUACCUUGAUGGAAAAUGCCAAGAUUAGAAAUCAGAGGGGCUGGGGGUGUCUCCUACUGAAUGGCUCAAUGACCGGGUAAGUUAUAAACUUGUCUGAACCUCAAUUUAGGAGAUAUUUAACCCAUUUUACAGGUUUAGUUAAGAUUAAAGAAGAAAUAGAAUUUUUUGGUAAACUCAAAUUUAUGAAGGAUAAUUUCACUAUGGGGAUGUCUGUGAAGGCAGGCAGGAGUGUCUUAUACUUUGUCAUCCCCUCAGUAGAUGAUUGGUAAUAGAAAGUUAACUGUUCUUUGUAUUCUGUACCAGCACUUAAUGGAGUCUUGCAGCGAGUAGAUUUUCAAUAAUUUUGACUGUUGAAAUAAAGCAGGGAGCUGGUAGCAAAGCACAGUUUUUAUUCCAGUGAAAUUACCUAAAGGUAGUCUGCGAGUCUCCAGUGAGCUCAUUGUUCCAAGAAUUUAGGAUACACAGGAAGAGCUGAUAUUAGGAGGUGAUGGAUGGUGGAGGGAGAGAGAUUCUUGAACUAGAGGACGACCCUUGGCAGCUUUAUCUCGGCUAGAAAUCAAGCUGAUAUGGCUGGUAAAGGGUUAAUAAAUUCCCAAGGCUGAUAUUUGCGAAUUACCAAAUUCUGCCCUUCAUAGUUAUUUCAAACACCCACAGGAUCUGUGUACCCAUAUCUGUGCCUACGCAUUUCCAUUGUCAUUUUAAAACCACUUCAGUAUGCCUGUGUUAUAUUGGUUGCAGUACAAUUUUACAUAACUCUGGACGCAAAGAAAUCCAAAAUGAGAUAGAACACAAGCAGCAACAAUUUAGGCAAUGCUAUUUAUAAUGUUCAGUAACAGUUCGUCAGUAACAGUUCGGUAACAUAUUGUCUGUAUUAAAAGGUCAUGGAUUAUCUUGUCUAUUUGCAGAUGCAAAGAGUUUCCAAGGAGAAUGGAAUAACAUUUUGAGCUCUCUGAGCUAAGGUGCAAUGUGAAUGCAAAAUGGAAGAUAAUUAUCAGUGGACAGAGAACAGUCUUAGGAAUCUUACUUAUUGGGUGACCUUAAACUAAAAUGAUCUUAUUCCUGACAGGGAAUUAAGAUGGGGAAUGAGGUGUAGAGGUGAGUCCAAGAUACAGCCAAGAAAGUGCUCUUUUCCCUUCACAGUUCUGCAUUUCAAUCCCAGGAAAGUGAAAGGUGCAGAGUCCAUUGAUUCCUGCUCAACAGAGACCCCCUCUUUUAUUUCUUGACUUAAUGGGGGAGCAAGGUGUCCACUAGCUCCUGGGGAGGAGCUAGGGUUGUUCUAAGGUAGUGGCAAUCCCAGUCUUCUUUGCUAGAUACUUGGAUAAACUCUCAGCUUCUCAGUUCUGGAGAUGAGAGGUAAGAGAAAGUCUGCUGGGUUCUGAGAAUUAUUUUAUUUCAUAAUAAAAAGACAAUAGAAUCCCACGCUUCCUUCCUGCUUUGGUGAGGACUUGGUGUUUGGUGAAACGGGCCAUUUUGUGUUCAAAGAGAGCCAAAGAGCAUCUGGGACACAAUGACUUGGACCCCUAUCACUGAACAGCUGAAGGAUCCUUGGAACCAAUGGUUUCAGAGUGGUUCUGUAAAUAGUAACUCUUUAUGGUGCUUUCUCCUGUCAAGGAAUGAGGUGGCCUGCUUUAAAUCUUUCCAGUUAAACUGAAGUUUAACAGAAGGGGAUUGCCUUGUAAGCUGCCAAAAGUCAGUGCAACUGAGAUACAGCAGUUAUCUCAGGACAUUUCCUGGAACACUUUCUCUCGAGAGUAGGUUGCUCUCAAAACCAAGCUAUUGGGAUAAUGGUUACACAUAUGACUUCUGUCUUUUCCAUUUCACACAGUGAAGACAGCAUUCAUUCAUUUAUUCAUUCAGAAAGUCAGCCAGUGAGCAAAGGACCUUCAAAGUCCCAGGUACCACUAUGUGCUGAUGCUAAAGACACAAGCUAGAGUCUCUGCCCGCCUGGAGACAGUCAUGAAACAAAUUUUACAGAGAGUAACAGUUGAGAUCAGUGCUGCCAAGGGUGUCCUAAGAGGGAGGAACUGGGAGAUAGGAGUGGGGGUGGCAGUGCUGAUCAAAGAAAGCUUCCAAGGGAAGAGCAAGUAAACAAGUCAUCAUCUAUUCCUAGUCUACAGCAGGAGUCCUGAAGAAUUCAACUGAGAGGUAAGGAGAGCAGUGGGGAUGGAGAGGGGGAGACACCCAGGGGUGUAGGCAGUAGAAAUGGUGGAACUUGGAAGUGAGAGUGGUUGGAGUCAAGGAUGGCUCACACGUUGCUGGUUUGGAAUUCUGGGUAGAUGGAGGGAACAUGCAUUAGUGUAGUUGGUUGCUAAAAAUGGAUUUCAUCCUCUAUCCCUCUCUGCAUCUCACUCAGCCCUUUCUUUUUUAUUUCUUUGAAAUAUCUUUUUCAGAGAGAAAGAGAGUGCAUGAGCCGGGGGAGGGGGAAGACAGAGGGGGAGUAGAAGCAGACUCCCCACUGUGGGGCUCAAUCUCCCAACCUAGAGAUCUUGACCUGAGCAGAAACCAAGGGCCAGAUGCUUAACCCGACUGAGCCACCCUUUCAAAUGUGACUUCGGCUCCCUCCACUUAGGCAUGGAGUGUAUCCUUUCCCCUCUCCUUGAAUCUGGGCUGGAAUUGUGACUUGCUUUGGCCAACAGAAUGCAGCAGAGGUUAUGGGUUCCACCCUGGAGUAGGGCUCAAGAGGCCUUUUCCACUUCCACUUACUCUCUCUGAAACCUGCUCAACCACCACCAUGAAAGCAAGCCCUAGCCAUCCUGGGGGGGGGGGGGGGGGGCGGGGACGGACUCAGGUGAGUCCGUCACUGCCCCUCCCCCAUCACAGUUGACUGCCUGUCACCCUCUGCCAGCUCUCUGCUGAUACAUGACAGGGCCCAGCCUAGAUCAGCUGAGUCUGGCCUAGAUUAGGAUAACCACUCCACUGACCUACAGACAUGAGCAACUAUGGGAGAUUGUUGUUUUAAGCCAUUAAGUUUCGUGCAGUUUGUCGUGCAGCAAAAGCUAACUAAUACGACUGAGACAGAGAAGGGGUAAGGAAGGGGCCCUCCAAUAGGCAAUUGGACAUAUGAGGCUGGUACACAGGAGGCCAGAAGCAUGAAGUUCUAACCUGUAAGGAUCAAAUCCCAAGGCCUUACUAUGGUCCGUCUCCCCAAACUCAAGACCAGGACAUUUUUCUCUUUUGUGUCCCCUUCCACUCUCUCAUCCUUAACGUACACUUCAUUUUACGCUUAAAAGUAAGUACUUGAAUAAUAAAAGCAAAUGCAUGACUCAAGUGCAUAAGACAGUAUUAAUGAUGGAGAAUUAGUCCGGAGCCAAAGCUCCCAGGGGAUGGAACGUGUAUUGACUGUUCACUAAGGAGUGGAUUCAGCCAAGGCCAGCAGCGAGGGUCUGGGCUUGGAGGCUGAGCUGCAAACAAUUACUGCCCCCAAGGGGCCUUCACAUUUGUGGAGCAAGGUCACAGUGACUGCAGGUCCCUUAUAACGGCUACUAAUUCAGGGAUUCCGGGCUUUACCCUCCUCCUUUGUCCUUAGUAAUGUCACCCCUCAGCACCUUUUGAAAAUAAAAAGGGCAAUAUACCCAACAGGAAUUUACCCCUCCCAUUGUUGCAGAAACAUCCGACUGAUUGCACUUUUUCCUGUUUCUUUCCUCCCCCAGCUCAGAACUGAUCGCAGGUUCGCCCACUGGUCUAGUGACCCGGGCUCGCCUCUGCGGGGUGGAGGGGCCCCCAGGGCGGCGCAGGCACAGCCCCACGAGAGGCCUCCCACCGCUCGCGGGACCGUGGCCGUCCUGCAGGGGCCGGGGGCGGCAGCGGCGCGGGGCCCGGGCGGAGCGCGUCAGGCGGCGAGGCGGUGCGCACGCCCCCGGCGCCCGGUCCCUCCCCCCGGGCUCUCCAGCGCCCCGGUCCCUCCCGGCCGCCGCGGGAAGGGGCGGGAGGGGGAGGAGCCGGAGGCGGCCGCCGCGCCCCCGCCGCGCGCGCCCAGCCCUUUAAAACCGCCGGCGCUGACAGCUCGGCCGGCCGCCGCGGUCCCCGCGCACCUGUGUCCGCACGCUCUCUGUGCUCGCGAGCCGCUCCGCUGCGCCCGAGGCCAGGCGUGCGCUCUCGGAGGCGGGACCCGCUCGGCCCGCGCGCUCUCCAUGCGGCCGCCCACCAUGUCUGGGCACUGUCUGCUCGCGCCCAUCCCCGAGUCCUCCUCCGACUACCUCCUGCCCAAGGACAUCAAGCUGGCCGUGCUGGGCGCCGGCCGCGUGGGCAAGAGCGCAAUGAUUGUGCGCUUCCUGACCAAGAGAUUUAUUGGCGAUUAUGAACCGAAUACAGGCAAGUUGUAUUCACGGCUCGUCUACGUAGAGGGAGACCAGCUCUCCUUGCAGAUCCAGGACACCCCGGGGGGCAUCCAGGUCCAAGACAGCCUGACCCAGGUAGGUGAUUCCCUGGCCAAGUGCGUGCAGUGGGCAGAGGGCUUUCUGCUGGUCUACUCCAUCACAGACUAUGACAGCUACCAGUCCAUCCGCCCCCUUUACCAGCACAUCCGGAAGGUCCACCCUGACUCCAAGGCCCCUGUCAUCAUCGUGGGCAACAAGGGGGACCUUCUGCAUGCCCGGCAGGUGCAAACGCAUGAUGGUAUUCAGCUGGCCAACGAGCUGGGCAGCCUAUUCCUUGAAAUUUCCACCAGUGAAAACUACGAGGACGUCUGUGACGUGUUUCAGCACCUCUGUAAAGAAGUGGGCAAGCUGCACAGCCUCGGUGGGGAGAGGAGGAGAGCCUCCAUCAUUCCCCGGCCGCGCUCGCCCAACAUGCAAGACCUCAAGAGGCGCUUCAAGCAGGCUCUGUCUUCCAAAGUCAAAGCCCCCUCUGCACUGGGGUAAACCCAUCUCACACAGACUCGGCUCCUUUUUAUUGUGCGUUGUGCAGCUGAAAAAGACAGGGGACCUCCCUUUUUAAUUACACAUUCGAAGUUUAUUUUUAUACAAACUGUUGGUUUUCAAGUGUAUGUGUAUUUCUGAAAAUUCAGUGAUUGCCUAGAAGUUGGAGAGGUUUUUUUUUUUUAAAUAAAAUAUAUAUAUAUAUUUUUUACUGUAACUGCUAGCCACUUUUCCAUUAAAGGCAAAAUGGCAACAUUG